UCGUCUUGUCUUGAUCCACAUGCCUUGGCCAGACUAAAGGUGCGAGGUAUCAAAGACAUAGCUUAGACUACACCUGUAUGGUGCUGGCGAUGAUUCUGGGGAAAAAAGAGACUUGAUAAGAUUGGAAUGUGAUGACAGCUAAGGUGCGAUAAGUGAUGGGUGGUGGGCCGUGGGCAGUGAUAGUGACACAAGUCUGCGAACAGCAGGCGGUGGGCGGCGGGUUCUCUGCGAAGGCCGCCAAAGGCGAAAAGAGGGUGCAAAGCAGGCAUGGGAACUCAUUCCCCUCUUUCCGUUCUGUCUCCUGCCUUUCCCUUUUUUUCGUGCUUCACGCCGUUGACGGCCGGCGACCGGGGGGUGGUUGUCGACAUGCCCCACUUAUUCAGACGACAAGCGAACAGCGAGUGGCCGCCAGAUUGAGAAAGACGGGCGCUUAAACGCCGCCGUAGCGGCAAGCCGGGGUAAGGAUCUAUGCAUGUAUUUCCGUAGAUAUCUUAUGUAUGCCGAUUUUCCAGCCAAUGGCGUAUUAGCG